UAAUUUACUGGCCUCGUGACCACCUUGGUCUGUGGAACGCAGGCGCGCGCCAAACGCCUUUCUACAUCCUGGUAGCGCGAGCUUCCCUCUCUGCCAUCCUCUUCAUUGCGCAGAGUCUGCGAUGUGCUGGCGGGCAGGAAGAAACUAGCGCCUCUAGAAAAAUGCUAUCUCUCUCUCUCGAUCUCUCUCUAUUUUACACACACACACCCUCUAUCUUCGCAGGUGGCAAGCUCACCACCUGCCCCCCUUCCGUUGUCGAGUUUAAUUGUAACAAAUUAGCUUUUAGCUUUACAAGACUUGUUUUAUCCUCUUAAAAUCAGUUAGGCUACCCGCUCAAAACCGCGACAGAAUGCAGGUAUCGCGGAGGCGCUUGUUGAACGCGGUAGCGCACCAUGAGGGAAGGCACUAGGACCGGGGAGAGUUCAUCUCAACUAGGCAGACUAUGAGCAUCGCAUCCACAUAGCCGGGCUGUGGAGGAAACCCCCAUCGGAUCUGUCAAUAUAGGAUACUUGCGAUUAUAUCUAUACAUGCAGCCUCGUGGCGCAGCAUAGUGGAGUGCGCGCCAGUGCGUUUGGGAUGGUCGGGCACCCUUGGGAGAAUUCCUGACCAAACCUCUUUUGGCGCAAAGCAAGUAGUCGAGUUUAGGUGGGAGUUCAAUGGGCUACACGCUUCCAUUUCCCGCCCCCCAUCCCCCUCUUCGUUUUAUAUGUCAUUUUUUGCCUUUUAGUUUGUAUUUGGCCAUAAUCAUUUUAGCUUUUUUUCACACUUCCCUAUUUUCUACAUCUUAGUCUCGCGCGAGACAAUUGACGUAUGUUUUUGUGGGAAAGCAUGUCACUUUCUUCAUUCAUUUGAGAAGAGAACAAGAUUCUCAUCUUUCUCUUUGGAUUAAACCGCUGUUUAGACCGCGGCUGUCGCCUGAAAGGGUGAGCUGCUUGAAAUACUUUUCUUCAGUGGCACCCUGAUACUCCAUGGAAACGUUUUCUCUCUGGCUGGUCCGUCGCUGUGAUGUCCAAAGCUUUCCCCACUGACUGACAAACGCGAUCGGACCAUUUUGGAAAGCCAUUUGAAGGCUGCUAGGUCUGGUGGAAGAUGAGGACUCCUAUCCCUCUCCUGAUUCUGCUGUAUAUCACCCUGUCCCGCAGCAUGAAGACUGUCUCCAAGAGAGGCUCAGUUGACGGCUGUACGGACUGGUCGGUGGACUACCUGAAGUACCGUGUGUUGAAGGGGGAGCCGGUGAGGCUGAAGUGUGCCCUGUUCUACGGCUACAUCAGGGCCAACUACAGCCAGGCUCAGAGCGUCGGCCUCAGCCUCAUGUGGUACCGCAGCUCUGGCCUGGGCCACGGAGACUUUGAGGAGCCCAUCUCCUUCAACGGUGUGCGCAUGAGCAAGGAGGAGGACGCCAUCUGGUUCAGACCGGCCGACAUGCAGGACGUGGGCCUCUACUCCUGUGUGCUACGGAAUUCAAGCUACUGUAUGAAAGUAUCCAUGUCUCUUUAUGUGGCUGAGAACGACACAGACCUGUGCUACAACUCUGUGAUGAGACACAUGGAGAAGGCAGAACUCAGCAAGAGCAAAGACAUCACCUGUCCUGACAUAGAGGACUACACAGAACCUGGGAAAGACCCCCAUAUCACCUGGUUCAAGGAGUGUCGUCCAAAGCAGUGGCGGGCCUCCAUCCUCCAGAGGAGAGAUACAUUGUCCCUCAGAGAGGUCAAGGAAGACGACAUCGGCAACUACACCUGUGAGGUCACCUUCGGUGGCUUUGUGGUGCGCAGGACCACCGAGCUCACUGUCACAGCCCCUCUGACUGACAAGCCACCGAAGAUCCUUUAUCCUUCUGAGAACAAGAUCAGCAACAUGGAGCUACAGCUAGGAAGUGCCCUGAACCUGACGUGUAGAGCAUUCUUUGGCUACAGCGGGUCGGCGGUCAGUCCUCUCGUCUAUUGGAUGAAGGGAGAGAAGUUCAUCGAGGACCUGGAUGAGGAGAGAGUCGAAGAGAGCGAAAUCAAGGUGGUCCGGGAGCACCUGGGGGAACAGGAAGUGGCCAUCUCCUUGAUGAUCCACUCGGUGGAAGAGGGGGACCUGGGGAACUACUCUUGCUAUGUGGAGAAUGGCAACGGGAGACGGCAGGCCACCAUCCAACUGUCCAGAAGGGAGCUGAUGUACACGGUAGAGUUGGCUGGUGGUUUGGGAGCCAUUCUGCUGCUGCUGCUCUUCCUCAUCUCUCUGUAUAAGUGUUAUAAGAUUGAGCUCAUGCUCUUCUACAGAAGACACUUCGGCAGCGACGACCUGGAUGGAGAUAAUAAGGACUAUGAUGCAUACCUGUCCUACACUAAAGUAGACCCUGACCAGUGGAGUCAGGAGACCAAGGAGGAGGAGCGCUUUGCCCUGGAGAUCCUCCCUGACGUCUUGGAGAAACACUACGGGUACAAACUGUUCAUCCCAGACAGAGACCUCAUCCCAACAGGAAGUCUGGCCAAUGAGCUUUACCAGGAUGACACAAGACUUCUUAGAGCCUACAUCGAGGACGUGGCACGCUGUGUGGACCAAUCCAAGUGCCUCAUCAUCGUCAUGACGCCCAACUAUGUGGUGCGGCGGGGUUGGAGCAUCUUUGAGCUGGAGACACGCCUCCGCAACAUGUUGGUCACCGGGGAGAUCAAGGUGAUUCUGAUCGAGUGUGCCGAGCUGCGUGGCAUCAUGAACUACCAAGAGAUGGAGGCCCUCAAACACACCAUCAAGACCCUCACUGUCAUCAAGUGGCGUGGCCCCAAGAGCAACAAGCUCAGCUCCAAGUUCUGGAAGCAACUGCAGUAUGAGAUGCCCUUCUGCCGCACCGAACCCAUGCUGAGCCAUGAGCCAGCGAUGGACGUCAGCGAGCAGGGCCCCUUCGGCGAGCUCCAGGCCGUCUCCGCCAUCUCUAUGGCAGCUGCCACCUCCACCGCCAUGGCCACGGCACACCCGGAACUCCGCUCGUCCUUCCACAACUCCUACCACACCACUAUGCGGCAGAAACACUACUACCGCAGCUACGAGUACGACCUGCCGCCAGGGGGCACGCUGCCGCCGCUGUCAUCACUAGGCAACCAGCACACCUACUGCAACAUCCCGCUGACGAUGCUGAAUGGACAGAGGCCGCCAGCGGGGAAGAGCCGCGAGCACAGUGUGGAGGAGGACCACACUAACCACGCCAUGCUGCCUCUGUUGCCCAGGGAGACCAGCAUCUCCAGCGUCAUCUGGUGACCAGGGGGAGCGGGGCAGGGUAGAACCUUACGACACUAGCAGAGAAACGCGGUUUGGUCUGGUUUGACUUGGAUCGGUUUGGUGUCACGCUUCUAUGAGCCAGUACUGAUUGGCUACAUCUGAGAGAUUGUGAUGAGUUUGGUUAGGAGUGGACCCUUGUGAACAGGCAAGACAAAGUCGGGGCAGGUUUGGUUUGGAACGUGGUCCUCAUGUAUGCAGAUGAGAAGUUCUUAACCCGAGGAUUAAAGAUUCAAACUGACAACAACAAACUGUUUGAUCAAAAGACAUCAGAGUUUGAUCAAAAUGAACUGUGAAUAAAAAAUAAAAGAACCCACGCAAUGGCACUUGUGCAUGCGCGCGUACACACACACACACACACAGACACACACACAAAAGGAAAACAGGGUCUUGUACAUAUAUUUUCAGUUUAUUUGUAGCAUAAGUGUCUUCCUGUGUGUUUUUCUCUUUUUAUUCAAUCAUGUUUGUUGCCUUCUUUACUUUAACUUUGCUUUAACUCGUCACACAGAUUUAUAUAUUUCUAUUUUUUUCUGUUUUUUAUUUAUUUUUAUUUAAUUACAAUAUGCUUAUGAAGAAAGCCAGUAUGUCAUGUAUCUGCGCUGUUGUGUUUUCUAUCUUGACUUUAUGUAGUUUAAGAUCUUUUUUUACACACUUUGGGGGAAUUGCCUGGACAUUGCAACAUUUUACUCCAAGGAGCAGCAUCUUGUUGUUGACCUGUAUAAGGUGUAUAUCUAGUUUUUAAAACAAUCUUUAAAAAAAAUCAUAGAAUAUGCAAAAAGAAGGAAGAGCUACUGGUGAUGUUGAUGUAACUUCCUGUGGACCAGAGGAAGGGGAGGAUUUCGAGAGGGGUCCUAGUCCUCUCCAGUCAGUCGGAGCUCUCUCUAAAGCUUCAUAUUUUCUAUAAAACAAACAGCCUCGCUGUUUUAGUGUGAUAGUGAAAUCCCUCACCUUAAAAAUAAAUGUGUUGAUUAUUUUAAAAAUAAGUAUAUUUUUAUAACAAAAAGAGUUUGCUUGGAUAGUCAUUACUUAUUUACAUUUCAUCUGACAUUAAGGGGGAGGUGUGUGUGUGUGUUUGUGUGUGUGCUAGGCUGGUUUUGUACACCACUUAGAUAUGUGGUUCCUGGUUUGUUAAAGGCCGAGUGCAGUCAAAAAAGUGAUUUACUUGUUUUAUAUGUUUCUACACUGAGGUUGGAAUAAUACUGUAAAAUUAUGAAAAUUAGGCCCUGUAGGAGCUGUUUGUUCAGCCUGUUUUGGAGGGAGGGAGUUUUGAUCUUUCAUGGUAACACCAUGCAGUAAAUUAGAACAAUAAGAAAGAGUACCAAGCCUCUGCCAAUAACAGCAAAUAUUCAGUUUUCCCCUUCCCACUCAAACCACUCACAGUCUUAGCUAAAUUCUUGCUUGAUAAAUUGAUAUUUAGACACUAAUUAAUUUUUUGGACCAUUUUAAUUGUAAACAGUCACAGAAAGGCACUUAAUUGUUACCCAGAAAUGAUUUGAUAUUGAGAUAAAAACAGCUGCAUUGGACCUUUUAAGAUAACAGUAUGGAUUUUGAGUACCUCAUGAAACAUUUUUAGAUUUAAAAAAAUACAUUUUCAAUGUUUUGGUUGAGUUCUUGAAAUAUUUUCCCAUGCUGAGAAGUCUGUUUUUAAUCCAUGCUUAUCCAGGUCAUGUUUAAGGAAAGAAAAAGUGUGUUUGUGCUUUAAAAUACUUUUAAAAUUAUAUUUGAAGGUGUAAUUUCUGAGUAUGCAUAGCAAAUAGAUACAUAUUCUAUAUAUGAUAUAGAUAUUUAUAUAAAUAUAUAAACACGAUAUUCACUUGGAAGGAAAUGUCUUUAUAAAAACACAAUCCAUUCUUAUCAGUUGCCCUUACGUUCUCACUGCAUAUUAAAAAUGUGGAUCUCCUCUCGAUUCAUUUAUGUUCUGUUCAUUUUAAACAGUCUUCCAUGGUCCAAAAGACAGAGUUCCGGCCAUCCAGGACCAGAAUUCAAUAGUUCUGCUCUAAGUAGUAGCUACUGAAGGCAGGCGAAAUGAAGAGAUGAUUAAACACUGCCAUCUGCUGGUUAAUGUUGAAUUAGCAAUUGGUGCAAUGAGACAAAUAGGAUCCACACACACGUGCACACAGUCAUGCGCAGUAAUAUGGCCAGUGAGUGUGGCAGGCUGGCAUGAAUACACACAUGUUCUCUCUCGCUCGCUCUCACACACACACACACACACACACACACACACACACACACACACACACACACACACACACACACACACACACACACACACACACACCACGGUGGCAGGCAUCAGUGAUAUAGCUGGUGUGUCUUCUGACAGCUGGCCUUUUAUUACUACAUACACGAUUAAUAGACUUAUCUUUAUCAAUUAGGGUCUUAAUUGGAAAGAAAAUGGGCCCCAUGAAGAGGAUAGAGGGACAGCAGGUAGCCUAGUGGUUAGAGUGUUGGACUAGUAACCGAAAGGUUGUGAGUUCGAAUCCCGAGCUGACAAGGUAAAAAUCUGUUCUGCUCCUGAACAAGGCAGUUAACCUACUGUUUAUAGGCCGUCAUUGAAAAUAAGAAUUUGCUCUUAACUGACUUGCCUAGUUAAACAAAGGUAAAACCGGGGAGAGACCUUUGGUGUGGGGAAAAUGGUGUGGUUAUAUAUCUGGCCUAUCAAAGGAAAAAGUCAUGCUUACGCCUAUCCAAUUAUUUCAGGUCUACACCAGAGUGAAGGGGUAAGGACUGAUGGGGGGCAGGGUUGGGGGCUUGUGGUCCACCCACAGGUUCUGGAUUCCCUCAUUGUCCCGGUAACAGCUCACACUCCUCCUGCCGCCGGCUCCAUGGCAUCUGUUGUCGUCUUCUUAGCCUAAUACUACUCCUACUACCUCCCCUCGCACACACUCAUCCCCAGUACGUUGGUGUGCUGUUCUGACCGCUCAGAGCGCCUGACCACCUUGUGUCUCCACGCUUGCCUGCUCCUCAUCUGUCACACACACCCAAACAGUCCUACAGUAUAGCAACUGGGCAGGAAGAUUGCUUUCUCUAGAAUCCGGAUUGCAUCGAGCCCUAAAAAAACCCUACAAGUUUUGUGUCUUUGAGGUGUUGAGCAGCUCUCCCCACCCCCUGAAUCCCUCCUGCAGAUAUUCCCAUUUGUUCCGGGAACAUCCUGCCCGUUGAUGGUGAGAUUUGGAGAGAAGCGAAACACCAUCCAACUCUGCAGGUCAUUUCCUCAAGAUUUUCUUCUGCACACCUGUGACUGCCCUGAAGCUGGGUUUUUAUGUGUGUGCGCGCAUGUGUGUGUCUGUGUCCGCAUGAGUGCAUGACACUACCAGUGUGAUGUUUAAACAGUGCCCUCUUGUGGUCAUAACAGGUCCAUUGCUGUUUCUCUUACCAGCCUCAUGAUAAUCCUACAAUGGAUACAAUUACACUCUAAACUGUGUGCUUGCAUGAUAAAUUAAUGCAAUUGCACAGCAACAAUCACCUAUUGCCUCAGACAGAGACACAGGAAAAGUCUAUUGAGUCGAAACCAGAGUAUGAGUAGAGUAUCAAUAUGGUGAGAUGUGAAUCCAGGACAACAGUGAGUGGUAGAGGAUUUAUAUAACCAAGCCC